GAACGCCACCUGCUUCCCCUGUCUCCCAGUUCCCACGCCAGCAUUCACGUACAGCAACGUUGCAGCCUAGAGACAGAGGAGAGAGAGAGAGAGAGAGAGAACAGCUUAUCUAGGCUGUUGUCAUGGCAACGGCUUCGCCUUGUCCAGAGCAGCCCGUAUCUACGUAGAGAGCAAAGAUCGCGAGUCUCGCCGUUAUCGCGGACUCUGGAGCCAACGCCUUCGGGCCAGUCUCUGCUAGUCUUAGCAGUUGCGACCGUUCCUGCUUCAGGCAUCCUCAUCAUGGUUCCCGAAAGAACAUAUACAGUGCUGCUGCUAACACUGUUUGUCAGCAGUGUAAGGUGCACCUCACCCAUUGGUUUCUUCUCUAGUAACGGCAGCCAAGUCCAAGCUGAAACUCACGGAACGAACGACACCAUCCGGCCUGAUCUUCCAAUAACCACUCCGACAGAUCUAUGUCGGCUUCACAGUUGUGGCUGCUACACUGAAGCCGUGCCAAAAACAAUCGACUGCUCCUACAAGCACAUCGCCUCUCUGAACAGGGUAGCCGUACCCAACCACGUCAUCGAGAUCAACCUGGCAGGAAACGACCUCAAGAGGGUGUUGGACACUUAUUUCUACACGGCGCCUGGCGUUCACGUGCUCGACUUGUCCCAUAACCAUAUACAGUUCAUCGCAUUCACGGCCUUGCAGAUGUUCGGCGAACUGAACCGACUCACACUGUCCCACAAUCGCCUCGCGUCUCUUGAGGAAGAGGUCUUCUCUCAUCUCGGGAAGCUCCAGUCCCUCGACCUCAGCCACAACAGAUUGACGACGCUGUAUCCUAGGAUCUUCGACCAUCUCGGCAACCUCACCGAGCUGAACCUGGCCUAUAACAGCCUCGCGGAAUUCAACGGCAACGCGCUCGCGCAGCUCACCUCGCUGAACAAGUUGAUCCUUCAGAGCACCGCUCUCAAGGAGCUCAGGCAAACCGACUUCGACGGCCUGACCAACCUCAAGUGGCUCGACCUCAGCGGAAACGGGUUUGAAGAGGUUCCGUUCAAAGGCCUCCACCGGCUCAGCCUGCUGCGUCACCUCGAUCUGAGCAGAAAUCCCAUCACGACCAUCAAACCUUACAGUUUUUACAACCUAACGUCCCUGAGGAGCCUCUUCCUGAAGUACAUGGUCGACCUGACGACGAUCGAGGCCCACGCGUUCAGCGACGUCACGAGUCUCAAGAGCAUAGACUUAAGCUUCUGUCACAGGCUGUCGAUCAUCGACAGGAGGGCGUUCACCUACAAUGACUCUGACGCUAAGAUUGACCUGGACGAGUUUUACGCUCGCCAGACGGCGCUGAAGACCCUGCCUGCGACGCUUCUGCGCUGGGAGUACGUCACCAAGGUGGACUUCGCUGAGAACGACUGGAAGUGCGACUGCAAGCUCGAAUGGAUGCCGCACAUCGUGAAAAGAGACGUCAUCGACGCCAAGCUGAGGUGUGGCAGCCCUAAGGAACUGGAGGGCCGGCUGAUCGCCAAGCUGAGCAGCGCCGACAUGCCGUGCGCCGAGAGCGUCGCCGUGGAGCACCCUGGCUGGCAGGAGAUCAACGUCGCCAUGCGCGUCGCUCUGGGUCUCCUCAUCACCGUCACCGUCGUGCUGGCCAUCAUCAUCGCCACGCUCCUUUACUUCAAGAUACGCGCCAAGCCACACGUCUACCUCAGCCUGAAGCAGAGGUUCGGGUACAGCGCCGAGGAGUAGCCUCUCAUGCACCGGAGGACUACGCUAGUCAGAACUCGUGUCUGAAGAGGCGAGUCGGAAUCGAGCUUGCAGCUCCACGUCACUAUGGACUGCUGAGAAAUGACGGACGGAACUGUGUUAUGGUGUGUCCUGAACAUUAAGAGGAGACUUAUUUUGGCGCAGAAUCUACGAUUACGUCCCACAUUAAAGACACGAAAGGCACAGGUGCUAUAUAGUCAUUGCAACCUAAGAAAAAAUGAAAAAAAAAUGAGAGAACUCAACCAUGCCCCAUGCAUGCGCCGGUGAACUAAUGGCGAGCUAUUUAUAUACACUAUUUAAUGCCGGUCGUAAGCAAAUCUUGGAGGAGCUCGAGCGUGUUUUCUAUCACGCCACGCUCCUAAUUUUCUUUCACUUUGAAAACUGCCCUUGAGACGCGCGCGAUAAAGUGCCCUUCUCAGUACCCACUUGUGAUGUGGAAAUAAAAAAAAAUA